AAACGCUCGCUGCAAUCUGGCAACCCAGUACGGGUGUGGAAAGCAGCUGUCGAUGGAGCUUCACUUCGGUACACGUUUGCUGUUGUGCACGGUAAAAGGGGGCGGUGAAUAGUUACAUUAAACCCCCUUGGUGUUGUUUUUUUCUUUAGGAAGCUACUUUAUACAUCCUUCUCCAAGACCUAGCUCUUUUUCCGUAACAUGGCUGCUCUCUCAGCCUGGUUUUGGAACGAGGAUUUCUGGCUUCCUCACAACGUGAGCUGGGCGGACCUGGCGAAUCCCGCGCCCGGGGUGGAGUACCCGAGAGCCGGACACUUACUCAACGCUUUCCCGCUGGCCUUGGGCAUAUUCGUCUUUAGGAUAUUUUUCGAAAGGUUCAUCGCAGGUCCCUGUGCGUAUAUUCUCCACAUCCAGGCCGAGGUGAGCCGGAGAGCCCAGCCAAAUGCUGUCCUAGAGAAAGUGUUUACAUCUAUCUCAAAGUGUCCAGAUGUACGUCAGCUGGACGGUUUGUCUAAGCAGCUGGAUUGGGAGGUGAGGAAGAUCCAGCGAUGGUUUCGUCAUCGGCGGAAUCAGGACAAACCUAGCACAAGGACCAAGUUCUGUGAGAGCAUGUGGAGGUUUACAUUUUAUCUGGGUAUAUUUACCUAUGGAUUCUGCUUUCUAUGGCAGUCUCCCUGGAUGUGGGACACGCGACAGUGCUGGUACAAUUACCCCUAUCAGGCCCUCAGUCCUGGCCUGUAUCACUACUAUGUGACAGAGCUGGCCUUCUACUGGUCUCUCAUGUUCUCCCAGUUUACAGACAUUAAAAGAAAGGACUUCCUCAUCAUGUUUGUGCAUCAUCUGGCCACUGUGAGCCUGAUCAGCUUCUCAUAUGUGAACAACAUGGCGCGCGUGGGCAGCCUGGUCAUGUGUGUGCACGACGCCUCUGACUUCCUCUUGGAGGCUGCCAAGUUAGCCAAUUAUGCCAAAUACCAGCGCCUGUGCGACUUCCUGUUCGUGGUAUUUGGUGCAGCCUUUAUUGGGACAAGGCUCAUCAUUUACCCUUUUUGGAUCCUGAACAGUACUAUGUUUGAGAGCUGGGAGAUCAUCGGGCCGUACCCUUCAUGGUGGCUCUUUAACAUUCUGCUGCUGGUGCUGCAGGUGCUGCACAUCAUCUGGUCCUACCUCAUAGCACGCAUCGCCUUCAAAGCCCUCAUGAGAGGAAAGGUAUCCAAAGACGUGCGUAGUGAUAUCGAAAGCAGCUCAGAGGAAGAGCCUGAAACGACUCCCACCCUCACAGCUUCAGCCAAACGGGAAAACGGCACCAACGGCCAUUUCGGCUCCCAGCCCUGGGCCCGGAAAGACGAGAGCUGGUGACACGGCGACACAUCACAAGCCAUUCACAAGAACUGUUAUUACUGCAGCAUCUUAAUUCCACUCCUUCGUCCGUUUCCUGACCAAACUGUCAAAUAUAAUAAUGAAGCACUAUACACACAUUCCCCAGUUUUUACACACUUUGAGUUGACAUUGUGUUCAAUGUUGACCAUGAUGAUGAAGUGCUGAUUUAUGUUGGCUGUGUGGACACUGAUGCUUCAUGUGUGAAAAAAGAGACAGACAACAAUAUAAUUAAAUGAUUGAUUGUUUUUUCGCAUUAUCUUGUCUCAGAAGCGGAAGUGUGCCCACUUUCUUCCUAAAUCUUCAUGUUUUAUUGAAGUCUGGAAGGAAGUCCUUUCCCUAUCCACUUUUACUCUUUCUCCAUGUCUGAUGUACUUGACCUUUCUUUCUUUCUUUUUUUUUUUUAAACACACAUUUCACCAUUCGGUUACUCAUGUGUUUUGUCUUUGUCUAUCCUGUUUUUCAUUAUGCUUGAUUUUUAUUUAGAGACCAAAUAAGUUUAUUAAAAUAUGACUUGAUCGCUUCACACUGAGAGAUGAUUUGGUACUUCGUUAUGUCAUGUGAAAAAUUAUACACAGUUGCCGGCGUAAUAAGUACCAGAUACUGUAGGUUUACUUCAUGAACUGUCAUCUCAGUGCAAAAAGAUUAAAUUAACGGUUUGGCAAAAUAUUAAAUUCACACAAAUGUCCCCUCACCACAAAUGCAGGCAGUCAGUCAGCUGAGUAAUGUUUGGUGUCCAUUUGUUUUAUUGGUUCCACUUCCACUGGGACUGAUGCUCGGAUUCUUGAAGAUACUCCACGCGGCAGAAUCAAAAGUCCAUGGGGUGGAGCUUAACAAGAUCCAAUGCCUUCAAUAAUCCUAAAUCUUAAUCCUAACCCUCACAAGAUGCUGUACAACACACUUGUACACACUGCUUGAAACACACUGACUUUUCUCCACCCAGGUAGCAGCGGCUGAAUCAGGUCCGACUCCACCCCCUGGACGUUUGGUUCUGCAGCCAGGGGUACUUAAGUAUGUCAGUAAUGUCACACCAACUUGCAUUAAGACACUGUGUGACUUGCUAUACUCAAUAGACAAAUUUAAACCUUUACUGUGUAGCUGAAAACUAAUGUUUUAUAGGCAGCCAUGUUGGAUACAGGAAAUUUGGUAUCAUUCCACUCCACAGCCCUAGUCGCACGCAAAACUGAAAGUAUUGUACCACAAGUUAGGACGCUGGGUGUGUAUUUAUGUAUUUAUGAAAAGUAAUUUGGGUGAGAGACGUUCAUUGCUUGUUAGUGCCAGUGCAAAAGUAAAGAAGGAGAUAUUGGACACCAAACAUGUCUCAGCUGAUCAACUACAUUUGCCAUUUGUCAAGAAAUUUUCAUUUUAUAUGUUUAAUUUAUGCUGCCAUUUUAAAGCUAGGUGCAUGCUACAUUUUUCUAAUUCACAAUUAUUCAGAAUUUUGUAUUUUACAAAGCUGAACAUUUGAGGUAAAUUAAUUUAAUAAAGUAUGAAUGAGUAGGUAGAAAUUCAGUAAUGGCCAGGUUUCAGGCAAACACUGUUAAUAAAGUGCACUAUUGAUGUUGAAUAUUGAU